AUGGUGGCUGCAAAGAAGACCAAAAAGUCUCUGGAGUCGGUCAAUUCUAGGCUCCAGUUUGUUAUGAAAAGUGGAAAGUAUGUGCCAGGGAACAAACAGACUCUGCAGAUGAUCAGACAAGGAAAAGCAAAGUUGGCUAUCCUCACCAACAGCUGCCCAGCUGUGAGGAAAUCUGAAAUAGAGUACUAUGCCAUGUUGGCUAAAACUGGGGUCCAUCACUACAGUGGCAAUAAUAUUGAACUGGGCACAGCGUGUGGAAAAUACUACAGAGUAUGCACACGGGCUAUCAUUGACCCAGGUGAUUCUGAUAUUAUUAGAAGCAUGCCAGAACAGACUGGUGAGAAGUAAACAAGAAAGUUUUCCUUUAAUAAAACUUUGCCAGAGCUC